CAGGAGGGCAAGAGAAUCAAGCACUUCAAGUAACUUUUGCCACUGGAGCUGCGCUGUCGCUGCCACAGGGUCCGCGAACGUUUAUCAUUCUAUUCAUUAUAAGUCUGGCAGCGAGCGCAUAACUACCUGAUGUACCGGAUACGGUUUCAGCUCUACGCGCUGUUGGUGGGACUCGCGGCUGCAGGUGUGCUGCGGGUUGGAGGGAUAAAGAUCUACACGUCAGACGAGGUCGAGGCGGUAAAUGGCACAGACGUCCGGCUGAAGUGCACCUUCCAGUCCACCCAUACGAUCGUUCCCAAAAUGGUGUCAGUGUCCUGGAACUUCCGGCCCCUGUCCAAAGGGCAGGAGGAGUCGGUGUUUUACUACCAGGAUAAGCCUUACCUGCCAUUAGAGGGGCGUUUCCGAAAGCGGGUGUCUUGGGCGGGGGACAUCAUGGGAGGGGACGCUUCCAUCAUGCUGAGGGAAGUGAAGUUCACCUAUAACGGGACGUUCAGCUGCCAGGUGAAGAACCCUCCAGAUGUCCACGGAAACGCUGGAGAAGUUCGGCUAAGGGUUGUUGCCACAGCAUCCUACUCUGAGAUUGCAAUUCUGGCAGCCGCCAUAGGGGGUGGCAUUUUGGUCAUGCUGAUCAUUGUCUGCAUCAUCGCCGGCAUCCGGGCUUGUCUCAAGAGACGCAAGGAGAAGGACCUGACCCAGCCCCGCCGGGAGAGGAAGGACCCCACCUUGUGCCACCCAGCGAGAGCCUUGCACCUGUACGUAAAGGAGGAAGAGAUCGAGAUUGACAGCUCUGAUGGGAUGAUCUCAGAGCCAAGCACCAAGGACCCCAGCUCCUCCUCUGAGGAGGAGCAGAGCUCAGAUGAAUGUGAUAAUGAUGAUGACUGACACUUAAACCGCCCAAUGGGAAGGUUGGAUGAUGGCUCAGCAGCAGCAGAGACAAGGAGCUGGACAGAUAGAAAAAUCCCUGGAGGAAGGGAAUAUCUACUCUUGUCUAGGCUAAGUGUACUGGAUGAUUGGCAAGUUCUGGGUGCCAGAUCCUCAGAUAAUAAUUUAUAAAAAAAAUGAUAUCACUUAAAAUGUAGAACUUAACGUGACAAAGGUUGUCAAAUGUCAAUACACAAAAAGCCUAAAUGCGAUCAAUAACAGUGCAUGUUUUGCGUGCCUCUGUCAAAUGUUCCUUCCCAGACUCAGAUUAGCUACCCUUUACUGCCCAGGCCAUACCAAUGCAGGAUGUGGCUAACCUGAUGCAAGGAAUACUCCUCCUACCUCCUACUGGGUGUGAGAGGUACUGCAGUAAAUACUCUCCCCCAGCAGUGCCUGUACAGUGAGUUCAUGAUGCCAUGAUACUCAUACAAAAAUAGCAGCUGAUUAGAUGUUUUGAGACAGUGGGGGAAAAAAAUAUUUAUUUAUACAAAUGACCAAAAUGAAUUGUAUUGAAUCUAUCAUCUGUGAGCACUGGUCCAUCAAUUUAACAGCAUUAUAAAUCAUACAAGUAGACUCAGAAGGACUGGGCUGAUGUCUUAAGGAGGAAUGUUAUUUGUUGUUGUGAAACACGUACAAAGUUGUGUAAGAACAGACAAAAGACAUCUGGACAAAAGGUGCUAUGAGCAGAAACUUCCCAGAGGCUGGCCCUCCAGGCCUGUUAGCUGCACGCGACAUUCAGUCUAUCGUCUGAAAGCGCUCAGCGGGGCUGUCCAAUAUUACUGUCAUUUGAGGUAUGAGCACACCUGCUGCUAUAGCUCCCACCAGAAGCUCAAACUCAGUGCCAGUCACUGACCUGGAUCCCCUACCAUCAAAAGGCCACCUUUCACUAAACUCUGCCAGGGAUAGGUUGUUUCUGCUGCCCUCCCAUGGUUCACUAUGAACCUGAGGGAGAGGCUGUGAUGGUAUGUGGUGCAGACGGAGAUGUUUUUGCAUUAGUAGUGUUUGUGCACUUACUGGAAAUUCCGCACCCUACAGGAAUUGCUGGGUUACACUGUUUUUAGUGUCAAUCUGUGUAACAAUUAGACAGAUUGCAUUUGCAGA